ACUGACAUUGACCUUAGUUAAUGACUCAAAUCAUCAAUUUAUACUACAUUUGUUUCCCACAUUGUCAGUGACAAACAUUUUUUCAGUUUAAUUAUUUAAUUAAUUACUAGUAAUUAAUCCAGUAAUCCCAUUUGCUUCACUCACUCCUCAACAAUUCAUCGCUAUGAUCUGAGUCCUGUCUCAAAAUUGACAGAAAGAUGACUUUUUUCAAUUUGAUUCUCAGUGUUAUGCUUCUCUUUAUCCUACUCUCUUCAAAUGGCGAACCCAUUACUAAAGGUGAAACCUUUAUUGUUUCAAGCUUCAGUUACCCUCACACUAGGCUCAGACCCUUUGAUCUGCGUUAUAUCAGAGUUGACUUGCCACCAUGGUUUUCUGCAAUGUCUAUUGCACUGAACUCAGAUGUAGACCUUGAUGUGUCUAGAAUUGAAAGGGUUCCGAUGAGCACACUGCCAAUAAUAUGCUUUAGAGAUGGAGGUCCUCCACAGCCAGAUGCCUUAAACAUAACAUUGAAAGACUCAGCCGUCUCAGGGAUAAAUGGUUUAGAUGUGGAGCAGUGCUUUCCUAUGCAGAAAAAUAUCACUAUGAAACUGACAAACAACCAGAUAUCUCCAGGUGUUUGGUUCAUUGGUCUUUUCAAUGGUAUUGGACCUACAAGGACACAGUCAAAGAUGAUUAUCCGAGGUCCAGCAUACUCCUUCGCUGCCAAUAUAACUGUGGAAGCAUGUACAAAUUCAAUGAUGAUGGGAGAUUUCUGUAAUAGUCCUGUUUAUCCAUUUUCAUGCACAACUUCUGAUGUCAAUAAUGCUUUGAAAGCUACGACGGUGAUCAAGCCAGUGUUGGAAAAUUUGAUGACCUGCAAAAGUAAUUUUAAAACUUCCUGUGCUCAUGAAGGUGUACCAAACGUCUUCUCCUUGGAUAUAAUAAAUGUGGCAGAAGCAUUUACUGUUACAGCAAGUGAUAUCAAAUUCAAUAUUACGCCUUCAAACAAUACAUCUGGUGCAAAUGAUGUUAGUUUAAUGUGUUUUGUUCGCCAUGGUUCAAUGCCUUCAGUGACUUCGUAUGAUUACUCCAGUGAUUUAAAUAAAGUGCCGUUGGUUAUUCAUUCACCAUUAAUUGGUCGUUGGUACAUUACUAUCGUACCAAUCAAUCUUAUAAAGAUGCAGGAUAGUAAUGUAACAGUUUGCUAUUCAGUCAAAUCUCACGUGCUUCAAUGCCCACUUGGGAAGACAGGACCAAAUUGUACAAUGGAUAUCUACAUGCUUCAGACAUAUGUACGGAGAGGUCCAACUCCCUUUGAAUCAUACUAUUUACCGGUCGGUGCUGGAACAUCUUAUGCUUCUGCCAAUUUCCCUCUUGAACCACUUUUGAGUAACUCGUCAUACAAUGGAGAACCUGGUAACAUUUGGACUUACUUACUUUUAGACAUUCCUCGUGGUGCAGCCGGAGGAAAUAUUCACGUACAACUAUCCUCGGAUGUGAAGAUCGAUUAUGAAGUUUACGCUAGAUUUGGUGGAUUACCAUCACUUAUUAGCCGGGACUAUUAUUAUGCUAACAAGACAAUGAGAAGCAAUACAUCUAUGUUUUUCAUGCUAUACGAUUCAAGUGAUGACAAGAUCAAUUUCUAUAUUAUGUAUGCUAGAGAAGGAACAUGGGGUUUUGGUCUUAGACAUCUCAAUACCAGCAUCGUUCCUGCUAAAGGCCCAACUGUCAUGUCUCUUUCGCUUGAACGGUGCCCUAAACAUUGUUCCUCUCACGGGGACUGUAAAUUUUCUUUUGAUGCAAGUGGCUUGACAUCAUACAGCUUUUGUUCUUGUGAUCGAAACCAUGGAGGCAUCGACUGUAGCGUUGAAAUUGUAACACAUCAAGGGCACGUACGACAAUCUUUUUUUCUCAUUGUCUCCAAUGCUGCGGCCAUACUUCCUGCCUAUUGGGCCCUUCGGCAGAAGGCAUUAGCAGAAUGGGUUUUAUUCACAUCCAGUGGAAUUGCUAGCGGACUAUAUCAUGCUUGUGACGUAGGUGCCUGGUGUGCAUUGAGCUUUAAUGUCUUGCAGUUCAUGGAUUUCUGGCUCUCUUUCAUGGCUGUGAUUAGCACUUUUCUUUAUCUAGCUACCAUUGAUGAAGUAUUGAAGAGAGCAAUCCACACAGCUGUAGCUAUCCUUACUGCCCUAAUGGCCGUAACAAAUGCAACUCGGUCUUCGAAUGUUGUUCUUGUGAUGGUGAUUGGUGCUCUUGGUCUCCUUAUUGGAUGGGUUAUAGAGAUGUCAACAAAGUAUAGGUCCCUUUCCUUUUCAGUUAGAUUCUCCUUUGAUUUCUCUCAUAGUUUGCACGUGAUAAAGCGAUGGCUAUGUAAUCUUGUUGGGUCACUUCUAAGACGGUACCACUGGCCUUUUGCCUUAGCUGGUUUUUCUGCACUGUCAAUGGCAAUAGUGAGCUGGACACUCGAAACCAGUGAAAGUUACUGGUUUUGGCAUAGCUUUUGGCAUAUUACAAUAUACACAUCUUCUUUCUUCUUCCUUUGUUCAAAAGCAAAUAUUGUGGAUAGUGAGAAUCAACUACCCGCAAAUGGAAACUAUGAACUGACCCAUCAGGAUUCACUUCCAAGAAAUGGUUAAAAAUAGAACAAUAAUAUAUAUGGAAUAGGUUGGUGUAAAAAGGGGGACAGAGGUGAAUAAUUUUUGGUUUUUAGAUUUCUUGUGUUUAAGGCGAGUUCAUGCGAAGGUUGCACAAAAAUGUGUGACCACCGGUACUGGAUACGAAUUUGUGUAUGUUCGGUUUAUUUAUGGUUGAGAAACCGUGAAGGUACAUUUACUCUCAAAGUAUCUAUGGAGUUCAUCAAAGAAAAGACGUACAUUCGCAAUGGAAAUCGAUGUAUAGUGCCUCUGCUGACUUGGAUAAGAAGUCAUCCUAGGAGUCAUUUGUGAGGCUGAUAAGAGUGAUGAAGCAAAGCAGUCUCUUGUAAAUUCUUUUCAGCAUAAGGUUUGUUUAUGCCAUUCUUUAUAGAAUAUUUUACCCUCACAAGAAUCAAAUUAGGGAUAAUUUUUGGUCAUGGGAUAAAGAGGAUUAUCUUAUGUAAGCUGUAACUAUAGUUUAGAACAAGACUUACCUUUGAACUGUAUCAUAUUAAGAGAGAAGAGAUAGUGUAGUGUGAUAAAAGGUACUCCUCCCCCAUAAUGUAUAUUAUCUACUUCAGAAGUUUUUACAACUUACUCAAGAUGGCUAUUUUAUAACAAUGUAAACAAUGAAGGACAUUAAUAAGGUUGACAUGAAAACAUCAAAUAAAGAUGUCUACUAAGUGAGAGUGAUGUUACUAGUAA